UGGGAAGUAUAGGCUGUGUUGUCACGCCGGUGUCAGUCUGAUGAAGAUUGGCAUCAGGUGGAGCCUGGAACACGACUUUAAGGCUUUCUGUCCUCCGUGCUGCUCAUUAGAAAAGGAGACCUGAACUGUACUCUCUCUGGAGCUGACUAGAAGUCUCUGGCCCUGCUGGAAGUGAGAAGAGGGGGCAAGCCCCCUGAAGACCAUCCCAGAAGCGGUGGAAACACCCAACAAUCCUCCAUGUGAAUCAAUCCCAUGAUGCAACAUGCCUCCCCAGCCCCAGCUCUGACAAUGAUGGCCACGCAGAAUGUCCCUCCCCCACCCUACCAGGACAGCCCCCAGAUGACAGCAACUACCCAGCCACCUUCCAAGGCCCAGGCUGUCCACAUCUCAGCACCUUCAGCUACCGCCAGCACACCUGUGCCCAGUGCCCCCAUUGACCCCCAGGCCCAGCUGGAGGCCGACAAGCGGGCUGUGUACAGGCACCCUCUUUUCCCGCUCCUGACGCUGCUGUUUGAGAAAUGUGAGCAGGCCACCCAGGGCUCUGAGUGCAUCACCUCCGCCAGCUUUGAUGUGGACAUCGAGAACUUUGUCCACCAGCAGGAGCAGGAACACAAACCCUUCUUCAGCGAUGACCCAGAACUGGACAAUCUGAUGGUGAAGGCAAUCCAGGUCCUGAGGAUCCACCUGCUAGAGUUGGAGAAAGUCAAUGAACUCUGCAAGGACUUUUGCAACCGUUACAUCACCUGCCUCAAAACCAAGAUGCACAGUGAUAACCUGCUCAGGAAUGACCUCGGGGGGCCCUACUCCCCCAACCAGCCCUCCAUAAACCUUCACUCACAGGACCUCCUGCAGAAUUCCCCCAAUUCCAUGUCUGGAGUCUCCAAUAACCCCCAGGGGAUUGUGGUCCCAGCCUCAGCACUCCAGCAGGGCAACAUCGCCAUGACAACCGUCAACUCACAAGUCGUGUCAGGUGGAGCCUUAUAUCAACCGGUUACCAUGGUAACCUCCCAGGGUCAGGUGGUCACCCAAGCAAUCCCCCAGGGAGCCAUCCAGAUCCAGAAUACACAGGUUAACCUUGACCUCACCUCCCUCCUGGACAAUGAGGAUAAGAAGUCCAAGAACAAACGAGGAGUCUUGCCCAAGCAUGCCACCAAUAUAAUGCGUUCUUGGCUUUUCCAGCAUCUCAUGCACCCCUACCCCACAGAGGAUGAGAAGAGGCAGAUUGCAGCCCAGACAAACCUCACCCUCCUGCAAGUAAACAACUGGUUCAUCAACGCCCGGAGACGCAUCCUCCAGCCCAUGCUCGAUGCCAGCAACCCAGAUCCUGCUCCCAAAGCCAAGAAAAUCAAGUCUCAGCACCGGCCCACCCAAAGAUUCUGGCCCAAUUCUAUUGCUGCUGGGGUCCUGCAGCAGCAGGGGGGCGCCACAGGGACAAAUCCUGAUGGUUCCAUCAACUUGGACAACCUGCAGUCCCUGUCCUCAGACAAUGCUACCAUGGCUAUGCAGCAGGCUAUGAUGGCUGCACAUGAUGACUCAUUGGAUGGGACAGAAGAAGAGGAUGAAGAUGAUAUGGAGGAAGAAGAGGAGGAGGAGGAGGAACUAGAGGAGGAGGCUGAUGAGCUGCAGACAACGAAUGUCAGCGACCUGGGCUUAGAACACAGUGACUCCCUGGAGUAGUCAGGCAGCCCAGAUGGCACUGGUCCCGAACGGGAAAGGAGUGUCAUCAGGAGGGUUCAGGGUGGGAGGGAGGGGAUAUGGGCAGGCAGCACUAAGAAAGUUGGGCCCUGGCUUCCCCGAAUCAUAGCUUGAAGAAAUGCAGAGGAGACACCCUGUUCCUUUCCAAUCACCACACUUCAGUGAAAACCUAGUCCCAGACCCUCAGACUGCAGAGCACUCCAUUGCGGGGGGCCAGUCAAACUGCCUGUGAAGAGAGACAGAGUGAGAUCUGGACUCACCAAAUUCCUGAGGACAGAUGACACCCAUGGCUCCACACGGAAAAGGACUUGAGUUGUUUACAAGCCCUGCCCUGUGAGGAGGACAGGUGCUCUUUGCAGAGUGGACCUUUGCUAAGGGGCAGACUUGGGAGGGAAGGAUGAAACAAGGAGAAUCUGAGCUCCCUUGAAAGACACUCAAGGACAGGAGGGAGCACAAACACGUCACCAGUGGCCAGAGGAGUAGGAGGGCCUGAGGCAACGUCAUGCACUACAGAUCAGAGUGGGACACGGACUGCACAGGGCUCCAGCUUGUCCUACCAGGGCCCUGUCUCUUGACUUAGGAGAGGGGGAAGGAAGCCAAAGAGACUCCUUCUGCCUCUCUUAGAAAUAUAUUGUUGGUGGGUCCAACCUGAAGAGGUGAAGAGCAACUCUCCAUCUGGGUCAGCUCUAGGACCAAGCAGAUGGCAGAACCUAGAUCAGGGGCCAUAUUAAGAUGACUUUGGGGACCACGGCUGUCCCUAGGUGAUCAUGCGUCACGGCUCCUGUAACAAUAGGACCAUGGUAUCUUAGCCUAGACGCUCCCCCUACCCUCAGAUGGAGCUCUUCAGAUACCCCAGCCCCCUUCGUAAACCCUUAGAGUGGUGGGGCUGGGGGUUCUUCCCACUCCACAGGUCCCUGUGGUAGCCCUCUGCUCCCAAGCUGGCACCACCAGCCUCUAGCCUCCUUCUUCAUUCUAUUCUCCAGAGAAGGCAGAAGAAACAUUGGAAAGAAGCGUUAUCCCAAUGGGAAGCCGGGGUCUGAAGAAGGGGCUGCUGCUCUUACCUUCAGUACCAACAUGGCAGGGGAAGAGUGCGUACCUGAUCUGCACGCACCAUUGUGCUGGGCACUGGGGGACUGGGGGCUCUUGGGAAGAGGCUUCCUAUCGUCUUCCCUCACAUACACCUCUGAGCCCAAUUUGGAGGGCCCAUGAUUGGCACCCGCUCCUCCUGUCCCCUCCCACCCUAUGACUGUGAAAGACAGGACUGAUCAUGUGUGUGUGUUCCAUUGGGUUUAAUGUGAUGGGUGUGCAGUUUCAUUGUAAAUGUGCAUUGGCCAUCUCCUUCAGUGGUAGGAUGUUUGUGGCUAUCUGGCUCAACCAGAGGGGAUCCUUGAGCCCUUCUGGACCUUCUCCUCUACCUGGUUGGGUGGAGCAAAAGGAUAGCCACUUUUCUGAGGUCUCCCGGAAAUGAAUGUAUUUCUCCCCCCCCAAAAGAGCUGAUAUUUAAUGUUUUACUAGGGAUUUUUUGAGAAACAAAUAACCUUAUUUAUAAUCUGGGUGAUCCAAUCAUUUUUUACUCCCUUUUGAUGCCAUACAUAGAGGAAAAGCAAGCUUUUUUGGCGUGAGACUUUUACAACACGCAGUGGGAUAAAACAUAUUUCCUCUCCUGGUCCAUUUUUCUUGUUAAAAUACAUACGUUCGCACAUAACUUCUUCCACUCAGCACCGUGACCAGCACCCUACCCAGCACGAACGUGUGCAUUUGUGCACAUGGAAACACAUGCCUACAGCUCCCUCCCAGCCCCUUCCACCUGCCUAAUGUUAUGCAACCUCCCUCUGAUGUAUCCACCAAACCAGUACGAAUGUGGCCGCAAAGUUUUCAGUAAACCUUAUC